AUGCAAGUGUUUGUCAAAACCUUGACGGGGAAGACUAUAACCCUCGAGGUUGAGUCUUCCGACACCAUCGACAAUGUCAAAUCCAAGAUCCAAGACAAGGAAGGCAUUCCUCCGGACCAGCAACGCCUGAUCUUCGCCGGCAAGCAACUCGAAGACGGGCGCACUCUCUCCGACUACAACAUCCAGAAGGAAUCCACCCUCCACCUGGUCUUGCGCCUCCGCGGUGGUGCCAAGAAGCGCAAGAAGAAGGUCUACACCACUCCCAAGAAGAUCAAGCACAAGCGCAAGAAGACCAAGUUGGCCGUGCUCAAGUACUACAAGGUCGACGGUGAUGGGAAGAUCGAGCGGUUGAGGCGCGAGUGCCCUACCAAGGAGUGCGGUGCUGGUGUCUUCAUGGCUGCUAUGCAUAACCGACAGUACUGUGGUCGUUGCCAUUUGACCUAUGUCUUUGACGAGUCCAAGUAG